UAUCGCAGGAUAGUGCUUUGCUUCUUGCACAUAAAUUAAACGAUUGUGUUGUUCGUAGUUCCUGCGAAAAAAAGCAUUAAGAAAUGAAAAUUGUGGCAAUAUUUUGCUUGUCGUCUUUGAAGGUAUAACUUGAAAAUGUUUUUCUACUGUGCCAGUUUCAGAUGUGAUGUUGCGGCAGUUCUUGUUUUGACAAGAAAGAUGGUACGCGUUGGUGUUACAUGAACGUAUAAUGCCGCCCAAGUUUAAGAAAACUGUGCCUCAAGAAGAUUUAGUGGCCGCCAAAGAUGAGGAAAGAGCUUCACUGUUGGAACAACAAAGUGGAAGUGAGGAAGAUGAAGGUUUCUUUCUUAAUUCUCCAUCAACAAAACGUGAAAAGAAAACCUUAGAAAACGAACGUAUUAAACAAGUCCAUGGUCAGAUCACCGAAGUAAUUGAAACAUUAAGAGACAAUGUGAAAAUACUGGACAGAGGCAAACGUCUUGAAGAACUACAGGACACAUCAGACAGAUUGACAGCUGCGAGUAUAGAUUUCAGGGAAGCUUCUAACCGAAUGAAAAGACGUGCCUGGGCUCAGCAGAUGAGAACGCGAGCCGUAUUAAUUGCAGUUUGCAUCAUACUAUUGGUGGGUUUGAUAGAUCCAAACUGUAGCCAGGGGGGCAUUUUGAAAUGUCUAGCAUUUUCUCCAUCUGGCGUCAGUACGAAAGUUCCAGUCAUCGUUCAUUAUUCCCGAGCCUGAAGACAUCUCUGUGUUCGAAUAUUUGAAGAUAAUGUCUUUGAACUUAAAUAGGAUGUGAGUGUCCUGAAGUGUUCUGCGUUCUGAAUAGUUGGAGUGUAGUUUUAACCGUUCCAGUGUAUAUUACAGCUUAACUUAUCGGAAGAACUUACAUGUUUUCAGUUACCUCUGUUUAACUGUGUUUAUUGGGUCAUUGGCACAGUCACAUUAUGUCACACUUAAUCAUUAAGCCCGCUAGUGCUUCCUCAAUAAAUUGAAUUGCUUAUGUUUGAUUUAAUUAUCUUGCCAAAUAAUCCAAGCUGUGCACAUUAUGGCAAUGUUAAAACAGUAAGGUCAUACAGACUGUACAGUGAGUUGUCAAACCAAGCUUCAGGUUGGAAACAUUGAAUAAAUCAUGUAAGCUAAGUCACAAUUUUUUUUUUCAGUUAUGUGACAGAAUUCUGUGAUUCCAUCAAUAUACAUGUGCAUAUAGCUAUUCAUAAAUAAAUUAAUAUGUGCACAAUUCAGAA